AUGUCCGACCACCCCCCAUCCAGUUCCCCGUCUCCAACGCCGACGCCUGUCUCGCCAUCACCACCGAAUCCUCUGAAGAGGAAGGACCACCCCGAUGGCGACGACGACGAGCCAACUGACGAUCGGGACUCCCAAGCGCCCGAUUCUUCCACAACUAAGCAGACUGGGGCAGGAAAGAGGUCUAGCUCGACGGCCCCACUGCCUGUGGGCGCCAACGCUCACCCGGACGAGUACGAGGCCGGCUUCGUCAUAUGCCAGACAUGCGGCACCGAGGUCUCCUUCCGGGACGACGCCAACGGGUUCACAACGAAGCACUGGGACACCCACAAGCAACUUUGCCCAGCACCGUCCGCUUCGACGAGCUCGCACCCGAACGGAGCAGCAGGCCAAAUGAUCUACGCCGCCGCCGACCCUUCCUCCGCCUCCCCGUCCAUCAGCCACAACACGCACGGCAACCUCAGCCACCACCCUUCUCAGAGUCAUAGCAAUGCCCACCCUCAUUCGCCUCAUCCACAUUCAUCUCACCACCAUUCGUCUUCUCAUGCCCAACCCCAUCAUUCGGGCACGCUCUCACACCACCCGGUCAGUGGGAUACCCCCAGCCAAACGCCGGCGAGCGAAGAGGACCGAGGAAGAGCGCAUCGAGUACCUUCGUGCGGACCCAAAUAACAAGAACGUCUACGGGCUCGAAGAGCGGAAUGCCCUCUUCUCAAAGGACCCCGAUGUCCGGAAAUUCGACCCCGAACGGAUCCUCUGCAACAUGUGCGACAAGUGGAUUGCUCUUCCUCCUGAAGACCACCUCCAGGCCGUCCAGAAGUGGCUCCAGCACCGUGCGGGAUGUCGGGGUGGAACUGCUGUGACUCAGGCACCAGCACAUCCUUCCACGUCCUCAACGGGAGCAAAUGCCGGUCCACCCGCGCCGGCGGGGCCGUCCUCGACUCCCAGCGGUCCAGCACCAGCAGCAGCAUCUGCGGGCGAUGCCAAUGCUGUGCGGCACUCACCCGACACAACCUCCAGCCCGACCUCGCCAAAGGCUUCCGCGGCUGGCCCACCGCCUCUUCCAACACGCUACCCACCUCUCGCCUCUCCUCCACCUUCGCACGGGCACCCUCCCCCGAGUCACCCCUCUUCUGGCCACCCUCCGCACUCCACCUCGCACCCACUCGCACACGGGCCGUCUUUCCACGACCUUUCGCCGUCGACGUAUGCUCCGGCGCACGAAUCGCGCCGACGGAAUGCUGAGCAACGGGCAGCGACAUUGAGGGCGGAUCGGUUGAUCGGGGAGGUCGAGCCGAAUCGGGUGUUUUGUUCCUUAUGCGAGAAGUGGGUCCAGCUGAGACAGGACUCGAGUUAUUGCGCGUACCCGUGGUUGCAGCAUCGGGGAAAAUGUUUGGCGAGGUACCAACGACGUUCGCAAAAGGCAGCCGAGAUCGCAGACAUGAAGACGCACACUCGGAAAGGACCUUACCCUUCCUCGCACUCCUCUUACCCUCCUCAUCACUCCCACUCAUCCUCUCAUCCGUCGCACUCUCUGCAUCACGGACCUUCCCACCCAUCCAACGGGCACCCAGGCCGUAGCUCAAUGGAAGAAGACGAGCUCAUGUCCGACGGCGAUAUACCUCCUUCCCACGGUCGGCACCAGCAACCAAGGACGUCGGAAGAUCUAGAGAGCGAGGAGGGAGCAGACUCCAUGCACGAAGGAGAGAGGAAACGACCCGGCCCUAGUGGUGGAAGAGGCUAUUACACGUCGGGGCCGAAGAUGUAUCACCAUCACCCUUCGUCGUCAGCGCCUUACCCACAUCACCACCGUGGCUCUGGAGGUGGAGAGGGGCAUAGGUCGAGGGGCAUGCCCUACCCGCCUACGUCGGCUCAAGGCCGCUACCCCGGCCCGUCGAACGGGUACUCGCCGAACUCGUCGAGGCCUUCGAGUAGUCGCGCUGCUCCUUCCUCAUCUCGUGGGUGGGGUAGAGAGCGUGAACGAGAAAGAGAGAUGAAGGAUGACCCGGACGCCGACGCCGAUGCUGAUGCGGAUGGAGAGCCUGAUGCUGACGCCGAUGCGGAGGGCGAAUAUCUCGACGAGGAAGGCAGCGAGGACGUCAAACCCGUCACCGGCCACGGGUCGACCAAUGGGAAGAGGAGGAUGAGCUUCUCUGCCGCGGGGUCUGCGGGUAUUGGACGCAGUGGUGCGAAUUCGAGGAGGCCCCAGUGGUCAAGUAACGGCAAUGGGUAUGGACCGGUCGAUUUGGACAGCGUCGGCGGGCGCAAACAAUUCAUUGCAUCCUCUAUCUACCACCUCUUCAGCACGACCUUCACUCCAUCCGAGGACGAAUUGACCAUCUCGGCGCUCCUAGCAUACCUCAACGCGGCUAUGCCACAGGACAAGUUUGAGGACUUUGAUACGACGGAGGUCGCCAGGGCCGUUGCCGGGUUGAAGGAGAGGGGUAGGGUGUUGUUCGAAGGAGAUGGGAUUCGAUUGGUGGAGUGA